AUGAUCGCUUCUUUUUCUUGCCCUCCCGCUUUCGCGAUUGCCUGCCUCCACCCGAUCUAUACCAUCUGCGUAGUUGCCAUCUUGGCGAGCACAACCUAUGUCGGAGUCGUCAAGGAGAGCCUGGUCGACGUGACCCAGAGUGUCAGAAGGGCGGAAUGGGAUUCUCUGGUCGAAGGUAGCCGCAGCUUGAUUGCAGGCCCAGAAACAUCGUGGAAGUGGCAGAACUUUGACUCGGACGCCAAAGUCCCCAAGGAUGCUGACCAUCUGGCUCUGAUUACGCUCGUCUUCCCCGAAUCCUCUCCCGAGGCCCCCCAGACCGCUCCGUCGGCGCAUAUUGUCCCUCUUCCCAACAACCUUUCCGUCGCGCAUUUGCCCUCGACCUCGAACACCUUGACCACAUACGCGCAGGACAGCGCCCUCGCUUUUGCCGUCAAGUACAGUCAAGCCGCCGAAUUCAUUGCUGCUGCCCAAGAGAUUCCCAACGAUGUGCCCGGCCAAGAAUCUCGCGAGAUUGAGGAUGGCAGGAGUGAGAAGAAAAUGUGGAUUAUCAAGGCUGCCCGUGGCCAGACAGGUACCAGCCUGGCUCGCUGGGCUAAGAAUGCCUGGACAGACUUUCUGGACUUGCUCAAGAACGCAGACACCCUCGAUAUCAUCAUCAUGGUUCUUGGAUACCUGUCCAUGCACUUGACUUUUGUUUCUCUGUUCUUGAGCAUGAGAAAGCUGGGUUCCAAUGUCUGGCUGGCCGUCAGUGUUCUGUUUUCCUCGACCUUUGCUUUCCUGUUUGGUCUCAAUGUGACCACGAGACUUGGUGUUCCGAUUUCCGUUGUCUUGCUCUCCGAAGGUCUGCCAUUCCUGGUUGUGACUAUUGGCUUCGAGAAGAACAUUGUUCUUACCAAGGCUGUCCUCUCCCACGCCCUGGACCACCGCCGUCCGGAGGACAAGAGCGGCAACAAGAGAUCGCAUAGCCCUUCCGAGAGUUUGAUUCAAUAUGCCGUACACAAGGCUCUCAAGGACACUGGCUUUGAGAUCGUUCGCGACUAUGUCCUCGAGAUCUUGCUGCUCAUUGUCGGUGCCAACUUUGGUGUGCAGGGUGGACUCCAACAAUUCUGCUUCCUGGCCGCCUGGAUCCUGUUCUUUGACUGCCUGCUUCUCUUCACUUUCUACACUGCCAUUCUCUGCAUCAAGCUCGAGAUCAACCGCAUCAAGCGUCACGUUGAGCUGCGAAAGGCGUUGGAGGAUGAUGGUCUCAGCCGCCGCGUUGCCGAGAACGUUGCUACCAACAACGAGGGCGGCAAUGGCAAGAACGUGCCACUUUUCGGACAAGAUUUCAAGAGCAGCAGCGUUCCCAAGUUCAAGUUCUGGAUGAUUGCUGGCUUCUUUGCUAUCAACAUUGUCAACCUGUGCACCAUCCCGUUCAGAACCCCCGGCUCCGAUUCGAGCAUCUCUUCUUGGGCCGGUGGUCUGGGAGGUGUUGUUACUACGCCUCCUGUCGACCCCUUCAAGGUUGCGUCGAAUGGACUCGAUGAAGUUCUUUUCCUGGCUCGUGGCCAUGGUCAAACCACUGUUGUCACCGUCUUGACCCCGAUCAAGUAUGAGCUAGAAUUCCCCUCGAUCCACUACGCCGUACCUUCCAAGGACUCGCAGGGAGAGGAUGACUUUUCUCAGCUUGUUGGCAUCUCUGUCGGAGGACGUAUGGUUGGCGGUCUGCUUGAAAGUCUGGAAGAUCCUAUCCUGUCCAAGUGGAUCGUCAUUGCUUUGGCCAUGAGUGUUGCUCUUAAUGGAUAUCUCUUCAAUGUCGCACGGUCUGGCAUCAAGGACCCCAACGUUCCUACGCACCCAGUCGACCCCAAGGAUCUGGCAGCUGCUGAGAGGUUCAACGAAACAUCAGCCUCCACCCCAUCGAUUGGCCAGUUGCACAAGGCGCCGCCGCGCCAAAAGCCUGCAACGCCGGCUUCUACGGACGAUGAAGCAGACCAGCUACUCAUGAAGUCCAGAUCAACCGCCACAUCCAUCCCAACCCCCAGAGCUCCUCUCGUAUCCCGCAGCCAGGCCGAUCUCGACAAGCUGCUCGCAGAAAAGCGCAUCUAUGAUAUGACUGACGAUGAAGUUGUUGCACUCUCCCUGAAGGGCAAGAUUCCUGGCUACGCUCUUGAGAAGAGUCUUAAGAACACCACCAGAGCCGUCAAGAUCCGUCGUUCCAUCAUCUCCAGAACCAAGGCUACUUCCGAUGUGACGGGCUCUCUGGAGUCUUCCAAGCUGCCAUUCGAGAAGUACAACUGGGAUCUUGUUCUUGGUGCUUGCUGUGAGAACGUUAUUGGUUACAUGCCUCUGCCUGUUGGUGUUGCUGGUCCUCUUGUCAUUGAUGGCCAAAGCUACUUCAUCCCCAUGGCUACAACUGAAGGUGUCCUGGUCGCCAGUGCCAGUCGUGGCUGCAAGGCUAUCAACGCGGGUGGCGGUGCCGUUACAGUCAUCACUGGUGACGGUAUGACCCGUGGCCCUGCCCUGAGCUUUGAGACUCUUGAGCGUGCUGGCGCUGCCAAGGCAUGGAUUGAUUCCGAAGCUGGUCAGGCCUUGAUGAAGAAGGCUUUUGACUCCACAAGUCGAUUCGCACGUCUGCAGACCAUGAAGACUGCUCUGGCUGGAACCAACCUCUACGUCCGUUUCAAGACAACUACCGGUGACGCUAUGGGUAUGAACAUGAUUUCCAAGGGUGUCGAGCACGCUCUCAACGUCAUGGCUACAGAGGGUGGCUUCGAGGAUAUGUCCAUCAUCUCCGUGUCCGGCAACUACUGUAUUGACAAGAAGCCUGCUGCUCUCAACUGGAUUGAUGGCCGUGGCAAGGGUAUCGUCGCUGAAGCCAUCAUUCCUGGUGAUGUCGUCAAGUCAGUCCUGAAGAGUGACGUCGACAGCCUCGUUGAGCUCAACAUCUCGAAGAACCUGAUCGGUUCGGCCAUGGCUGCAUCCGUUGGAGGUUUCAACGCUCAUGCUGCCAACAUUGUUGCUGCUGUUUUCCUCGCCACUGGUCAAGAUCCCGCACAAGUUGUCGAGAGUGCCAACUGUAUCACAAUCAUGAAGAACCUCCGUGGCUCUCUGCAAAUCUCUGUCUCCAUGCCUUCCAUCGAGGUUGGUACUCUGGGUGGAGGAACGAUCCUCGAACCUCAGAGUGCCAUGCUGGACAUGCUCGGCGUUCGUGGCCCUCACCCGACCACGCCUGGUGAAAACUCUCGACGUCUGGCUCGCAUCAUUGGUGCCGCAGUCCUGGCUGGAGAACUGUCGCUUUGCUCGGCUCUUGCAGCCGGUCACCUCGUCAGAGCUCACAUGGCACACAACCGGUCCGCACCGCCUACCCGCAGCACUACACCUGCCCCUACUGGUGCCAUGACGCCUGUUGGGCUUACCAUGACCAGCGCAGCCGAAAAGGCUGUGGGCAGCGUCAGCGCCGCCGCCGCAGAGCGCGCCAAGCGAUAA